AUGCCGACACCUAAAGUCCCCUCUGCGUUUCUUGACCUCGUCGGCGCCAACCGCGACCUGUGGACAUGGGAGCCUUGGAUCGACUUCACAGGGCUGAGCGACGCCCCCUGGAGCGGCAAACCCGGCUCAAAGCCCAAGGGCUGGACGGACGACGACGUCGUGAGCGUUCGCGCAAUGGUGAACGCGUAUUGGACGGUCGCGCCGAAGGACCGAAUGGUGUUCUUCAAGGACCGGCAAAGUGGCGCAAAAGGCAAGUCCAAAGCGUCAUCCCCCCUCUCAGCGGCCGACCUGGGCGUCCUUCACACGGACGCCCGCAACAAAUGGUCGGCGUGGUUCAACGAGCUCGGCCGCGAGCACUUGGCCAAGUUGGUCGACGACAUGCUGAUGGAAGAGGGACACCAUCCCACGCAGCUUAUGAAAGCGAAUGCGACACAAAAAAUGCCUACUAUGGCAGCCGCGAUGGUGACGUCGAUAUACGUUGACCUCGCGGAGCAGUUAUUCGGGCGGGACGCGCUGCUGACUGACACGGUGGUCAAAUCAGAGGUGAUCACGUUCUUCAAUGCUCUUCUGUACGCGACGUGGCGGCGAUGGAUGAUGGUGGUUUCCAGACAGAAGGCACAAUUGGCAAGCAAGCUGGACGCUGUGCAUACCAGAUGGUUCGAAUUAUCGGCCAACGAGGAGAAUGUCACCGUGUUUCAUCUCACUCAAUUCUUCCAGACGGUAACCCGCGUCUUAGAGCUGACUGAGGCGCUCAGCGACAAGACAGCGGAAGCUGAAAUGAACGUCCUCAAGUCGGAUCUGCAGAGUAUGCUGAAUCUCAUAUCUAGCGGGCCGGACAGUUCAGGCGAGACGAAACCACUACCGAAGAGUAUCCGCACCGCUCUGUUGAAGCUGGCGUCGCAACCGCAGGUCGAAAGCGUCCGCGCGCAAAUCAUGGCCAUUAUCAACGAGGAGCAGCCUGAAGUCGUCGCCCUCGAUUUCGAAUCGUUGCCGGAAGGUACAUGGAAAGAGGGCACGGAAGAGUACGCUACCCUCACCCUAGACAAGGCUUGGGAACACCUUGGCCUCGGGAGCAUCAAGAGGAUCCCGGGAUUUGCGGAAAAGCUGGAUCUGAACGACACAUACGACCCAUGGUCAAUUGAAGGACUGGAGGUCUUGAGGAGUGAAGAGGCUGUUCCACUUGAGCUCAAGUGGCAUCAGGUCAUCGGCGUCAUCAAGCUCGUGGACAAUCUGCUGGCAGGGAAGCCGGUCCUUCUCAUGGACGAAGUCGGGAUCGGGAAGACCAUGCAAGCC